AUGGCGUCAAUACCAGUUGUCGUUAAGCACCAGGGGAAAAAGUACGAUAUCGAAGUCGACCCCAGUUCCACCGGCGAAGACUUCAAGCUUCAGGUCUUUAGCCUGACCAAUGUCGAACCCGAACGCCAAAAGAUCUUGAUCAAGGGAGGCCAGCUCAAGGAUGACGCCGACAUGAGCAAGCUGGGCCUCAAGCCCCGCCAGGUCAUCAUGAUGAUGGGCUCUCCUGGAGGUGGUGGUAGCGAACUCGUCCGGCCCAAGGAGGCCGUUAAGUUCGUCGAGGACAUGACCGAGGCCGAGCAGGCGCAGCAGGUUGGAGCCACGCCCGCGGGCCUCAUGAACCUGGGCAACACGUGCUACCUCAACUCGACACUGCAGGUUCUGCGGUCGAUCCCCGAACUCCAGAAAGCCCUUGAGAAGUACAGGUCGAGCUCGGCCGGCAGCAGCCUUUUGGGCAACGCCUCGCAGAUGGACCUGGCUGCCCAGCUGUCUAGACUGUAUAAGCAGAUGGGCGAGACGCAAGACUCGUUCCCGCCCAUGAACUUCCUCAGCGCGCUGCGCGUCGUCUUCCCACAGUUUGCCGAGAAGUCAAGGACCGGUGCCGGGUACGCGCAGCAGGAUGCGGAGGAGGCGUGGUCGCAGAUUGUGCAGCAGCUCAAACAAAAGGUCAAGGUCAAGGAGGCCGAGAAUGCGCCCGAGGUAUCCUUUAUCGACAAGUACAUGUCGGGCGAGUUCACGUCGGAGCUCGAGUGCGACGAGAAGGAAGCGCGCGACGCUGGUGAGAAGGCCGUCGUGUCCAGGGACCAGUUCUAUAAGCUCAACUGUCACAUUGACGGCCACACAAACCAUCUCCGCGACGGCAUUGAGGCUGCGCUGAGUGAGAAGCUAGAGAAGAAAUCGGAGGUGCUGGGCCGCGACGCCGUCUACACCAAGAAGUCCAAGAUCUCGCGCGCGCCCAAGUACCUGGCGGUGCACUUUGUGCGCUUCUUCUGGAAACGCGAGACGCAGAAGAAGGCCAAGAUCAUGCGCAAGGUAACGUUCCCGCACGAGCUCGACAUUGUCGAGUUCUGCUCAGACGACCUGAAAAAGGCUCUGGUGCCGGUGCGUGAUCGGGUGCGUGAGGUUCGCAAGGACGAGGAGGACAUUGAGCGUACCCGCAAGAGGCGUAAGCUGUCGCACACGCGGGACCUGGGCGACAUCGCCGGCGGCGAGGGCCUUCCCACAGAGUCGGAGACGAAGAAGAAGAAGGAGGACGAGGCCAGAAAGAAGGCCAGGGACGAGAAGGACAACAAGGACAAGACAGCGACGGCCGAUGGCGACACACCCAUGGGCGAGACGUACAAAACGGACGCCGAGAUUGAUGCGGAGCGCGACUCGGCCCUCCUCCAGGCCAAGAAGGAGCUCAACGCUCUCAUCGACCCGGCGCUGCGCAAGGACGACGGCGCCAACCAGUCCGGACUGUACGAGCUGCGCGGCGUGGUGACGCACCAGGGCGGCAGCGCCGACUCGGGCCACUACACGGCCUACGUCAAGAAGCCGGGACACGUGGACCCAAAGACUGGCAAGCUGUCGAAGGAGGACGGGUCCUGGUGGUGGUUCAAUGACGAGAAGGUGACGGAGGUUCCUGGGGAUAAGAUUGAAACGCUAGCUGGCGGAGGAGAGUCUCACUCUGCCCUCAUUCUGCUGUACAAGGCUAUUCCCCUCCCUUUGGCCGAUGGUAGCAUGGAGUAA